AAAAAACUUCAUCAUCGCGAUAACGUAUAGCUGUUUAUUUAUUGAAUCGAAGCGGGCAGGGUGCGACAGUAGCAAACUCGUAAUCAUAAUGAACGGACGCGCGGUGAUUGUGUGUAGUCUCAUCUGGCUGGUUUCCUUUGCAGAAGGAGCCAAAAUUUUGGCAAUCAUGCCUUUGGGUGGUAAAUCUCACGACAUCAUAGGAGCUGCCUUCGCGAAAACGCUAGCAGGGGUAGGUCAUGAUGUGACCGUCAUUACGGCUUAUCCGGUGAAGAACCCAGCGAAGAACUAUCGCCAAAUUGAGCUGACCGGAAUGUUGGAAGAAGCUGCUAAAAAGGAUAUGAACUUGUUCGAGUUUCACGGCGGAUUCAUAACAACAAUAAUGAUGCUAUUUUUUAUGUACGGAGGUAUGCCGACCAUGUUGUACGAGGCGGCUAUGCGCCAUCCGAACGUCGACAAGCUUUUAAAAUCAAACGAAAAAUUUGAUCUUGUUAUACUGGAAUCAUUUCUGGCUGAACCUUUCUACGGCUUUGCGCAACACUUUGACGCGCAAUUGAUCACCUUUUCUGCGUUUGGAAACUCCUGGUGGACUAAUCGUCUGGUAGGAGCACCCGCUCCUCCUUCGCACGUGGCACAUUUUAUGCUCAGCUAUACCGAUCGCAUGACAUUUUGCGAACGCUUUGUCAACACUGUCUUCACCCUGGUCGACCGAGCCUACUACCAAUGGGUUUAUCUACCGAAACAAAAGCACUACUACGACUUAACAUUCCCGAAUGCAAAGCUAACGUUCGAGCAGCAGGCGCAAAAUGUUUCGCUGGUGUUUCUGAACCAACAUUUCGCCCUGAGCAGUCCAAGACCGUACCCGCCGAACAUGAUAGAGGUCGGCGGAAUUCAAAUUGAUGAACCGAAACCGCUACCGAAAGAUCUCCAAAAAUACCUCGAUGAAGCACCGAACGGAGUCAUCUAUUUCUGCAUGGGAUCCAAUAUAAAAACAAAACACAUUCCAGUCGAAAAACGGGAAGCAUUUUUGAAAGUUUUUUCAAAACUAAAGGAACGCGUUUUGUGGAAAUUUGAAGAUGAUUCGAUACCGAAUCAACCGGCCAAUCUGAUGAUCAAAGCAUGGAUGCCACAGAAUGACAUCCUCGCUCAUCCGAACGUCAAACUUUUCAUCACUCACGGAGGUAACCUGGGAACCACGGAAUCUCUAUACCACGGUAAACCAAUGAUUGGAAUCCCGAUUUUCGGGGAUCAGAUGAUGAACAUUGAAAAGUCAGUGCGAGCUGGCUACGCCCUCCUGCUAAAGUUCUCCGAUAUCAGCGAAGCAACGGUUUCCCAUGCCAUCAAUACGGUUUUAAACGAUCCCACGUAUGCGAGAAAUGCCAAACUAACAUCGGAACGAUUCCGUGACAAGCCGAUGACACCGCAACAGACCGUCGUCUACUGGGUUGAAUAUGUACUACGGCAUGGAGGAUCUCCGCAGCUUCGAUCUCCGGCGAUGGAUCUGUCCUAUCUUCAGUAUCACUCACUGGAUGUGUACGCCGUGAUGUUGCUAAUUCUGGGCGCACUUUCGUUAGUGAAUUUGUAUAUAGCGAAGAAGUUAUAUCGAAGGAUUUUCAAAACAAAAGUUACUAAAAGUGAUAAGAAGAAAAAAGCCUAACAGUUGCCAGCUAUUACGUAUACAAAAUUAAGGCCAGUGUAAUAUAUUUAUGGUGUGUAAACUACACUCCACACUCAGUUGACCCUUAUACAUGGGACAGUUAUGCGACGAACGGCAAUAAAGGUGCUAGUCAAAAUGAACUACAUCUCGCAACGAGAAAAUAAAAGUAUUUCAAAACACGUUGUAUUAAGAUAAAGUUUGUAUGCUUUAAAUAGAAAGAAAAUUUAAUAACGCUUCAAUCAUGUGUUUCAUUUGCACAUUGCGCGCUGUUUGGUAUAGGCAGGGCCGUAGCGUGCGGUUGGCCAGCUUCGCUCCCGCCAACCGCUGACAUCUUGAUCAGUUUUAUAAAAUAAAUAAAGACAAAUCAUAAAAUACGGCAUUACAUAAAUCAUAAAAUAAGACCAUUUUCAGGU